AUGUCAGAGCGAUACAAAUUUCGAUGUAGUACUCACGUUCAGCAACUACCACCCCAACAACCUGGGGGAUCACUACAAGAUGCAACUCCUCGCACAACGCUCAAGAUAGAAGACCUAGACCUUGCUAAGUCUUACGUUGGCACUUUGGUGCCACGUCGACAACCACUGAGGCCAAAGAAAAGCAGACCAUGGGCUAAGUGGACGGGAGCCAUGCCCCUCAUCCACCCAGCUCAACUUCCUCGCGGCUGGCAUAUGAAUGAGGACGAUCUUGAAAUCGACGGCCCUGGAGAUGAGAGCUCCUAUGCAGCCAUCACGAUAGGUCCAUGCCGGAUCCCUAGAGGGCUGAAUGGCAUCAAAUUAGCCCUUCGUGUUCCAGGAGUAUCUUGGUCCGCUGAGUUAGACUUUAUCUGCGGCACUGGGUCUAAUAUGAUGUCCAUUUAUGAAGGAGAUCUUGAUACGCUUCUUGGUCCAUUUGGCGCAACUGUUGGGCCAAGUAUACCGGUGAUAGGUAUUGGAACGGUGAAUACUGGUGGUGGCAUCGUAACCAAACAAUACAUGGAAAUGGAAGUCACAAUCUUGGAUGGAAAUCGUGAGAGAAUGACCGCUUGGACUAGAACCAUAUGCGCUCUCAAUAGUGCUGACUGGAUACCGAGUGCCGUCCCCCGGUUAGAUGGCCCGAUUGUGCGAGACUUGUUAUAUACGGGAAGCGCACCUGAUGGCUCCCAUCUUAUACACAUCUCAACCACGAGAUCAGAACUUGCCCUGCCACAACUGGACCUUGCUAACAACCCACCACAGCACAAUUCAAAAAACUAG